CAGAAACUUGGCUUAAAAGCAAUGAAACAAAUUCUAAUUUUGAGUUAAGAAACUAUACAUCAGUUCAUCAAAUGCGCGAUAUUUGCGUUGGUGGUGGUAUAAGCAUAUACGUUCUUUCGAUUUUAUUCAACGUAAAGAUCUUAAUGUUAACAAUGCAGAUUGUGAGGCAUUAUGCGUUGAGAUAAUAAAUAAAUUAGCAAAAAUUUCAUAAUCAAUGCUAUUUAUAGAACGCCAGUUGGUAGUUUAAAAACAUUCAAAACUUAUCUGCGCACAUUCCUAAGCACAAAAAAUAUAUUGCAAAAGCAUGUUUACGUAGUUGGGGAUAUCAACAUUGACUUACUCAACCAUGCCUUAAAUUGUGAAGCAAAAACUUUUAUUGAUAUUCUUCUCGAAUACAACCUUAUCCCAACUAUAAACAAAGCAAAAAGAAUAACUAAAAAAUUAUCGACAUUAUUAGAUAAUGUUAUAACUAACAAUUUCCAUUAUAGCCAUUUUAAAACUUGUAUAAUCAAGACUGAUUUAACUGAUCAUUUCCCUAUAUUUCUUAUUACUGAGAGCUACUCACAAAUCAACAGUAUUCAUGAGACAAAUCAAUGAAAGUUCCAUAUGUCAAUUUAAAAAUUUAUUAUAUAAUUACGUCGAUUGGAAUCUUGUACUGCAAUCACACGAUUGCAAGAGUUUCCUCUACACUCAUGUUAAUGGGAAAGGUUCUAUCCAAAGUUUCAUUAACUUUUUUAUAUCUUUAAAAGAAUUGUUUGCUUUAAAUGAACAAAGAAAUCUAUCCCCAAACCAACUUCUUACUACAUUUAAUGUGUUUCCUAUAGAAUAUGAAAUUGCGUUUGAAACUUGCUUAACUUCGUUCACCGCAGGUAACUCUUACUCUAAAUUUUCGAACUUGUUUGAUUUUACUACAGGGAAUUCUGAUAAAGAUGCUAACGGUCUGUAUAGCUACCGAGUUAUUGGUAUGUGGUUUGAUGCAUAUGGUAAAAUGCUUUUUUUUGCAAAUAUUAAUGGAGCAAUUUAUAACCAAUUAUUUACAAAAGCUUUCACAACUGGAUGCAAUCAAUUUGUAAUAAGUCAGCUGCUAUAUAAAGGCUAUUACAACUUUACUAUAAAUAUUGGUGGGAUGAACAUUUUUACGAUAAAAAAUGUAGCUGCAAAAGAAUUUAAAAAUGUUAAAAUGUACUUUUCAGAUCCUUGGUACAUUGCACAAUCUGGAUAUUUUAAAAAUCUUUUAGUGACGAAAAGAUGCUCAGAAAGAAAUUUUUACUGCAAACCUCCAUUAAAAGUAACAUUCGAUUCAACCGUAUUUUCAAAACUUGGAUGCUGGGGAGAUACUCAGGAUAGAGCAUUAGUUAUUCUUGAAGGCAAAUCGCCUGAGGAAAUUCUAUUAUAUCACAAACGCACUGAUCCUCUAAGUUAUUGUUACAAAACUGCAUCAAACUAUGGCUACAGAAUCUUUGCUUUACAAAAUGGUGGACAAUGCUUUGCAGGAAAUAAUGCAUCUUACCAAAAGUUUGGAGUGUCAAACAAAUGCUAUUCGAAUGGUAGAGGUGGACCUUAUGCCAAUGAAGUUUACACAAUAAGCAACAAUAGUUUUGAACUGCAAAAUGAAGUCAAAAACAUAUAUGCUUUGGAUAUCAGUUUUCAUUUGGAAAAUAAUGAUUCAAUAGAUUUAGCAUUUAAUGUAACUUGGGAAUAUUUAAUUCCUCCCUUCAUAAUGCUGCAAUCUGAAAGUUCAUCAGUGGAUGUUAUUAAAAUUAAUUCAAACAAUUUUAAAUAUAAGAUUUUCAAUUUAACACAAAAUGAAAUCAAUCAAAGUAUAACUGUUACAAUUAAUAAUACUCAGUGCUUAUUUGGUACAACUUAUAGUCUUGAUAUACCAAUAAAUUUAUAUUUUGAAAAUGCUGAGGGAAGGUCUUGGGACACAUUCAAAAAAAUAACAAAACAACUAAAUUGUUCAAGUAGCAUUGAGACAAUCAAUCCUAAUCGUGUGCCUGGUAAUUGUGUGCCUGAAUAUUAUGGUCGAGGUAUUUACUCGGACAACGAUAAUUUGCAAAUAUAUGUAUGUAUGAACCAAUUUGUUAAAAGAAUGCGAAGUUCAGCAUGUUUCAUUUCUAAAGAUGAUGGUAUACAUUGGCAAGUAUUAGAUCCAAGCGUAGGAGCAGUUUUGGGUCAUCACAUUUUAAGUGGUGAGUUAUACGCCAUACACAGAAACCAGAAGUCAUAUUUAAAGUUUAACAAAACAUAUAAAAAGUGGUUAGCAGUUACAAAUCGUGAUUUUGAAAUAAACAUUUCUAAAAAUCUUAAUUGGACACUUUUGAAAACAUUAGAGGGAAAUUACGAUCAAGUUGUUUCGUUUGGAACAAACCAAUGGAUGGGUAAUGAAAACGGUCUGUAUUUUAGAAAAUUUGGUGACAAUAUCUGGAUUCAAAGAAUCAAUUGGAGUAUUUAGCAAUUAUUACCGUAAAAUUUUAAACUAGUUUUAGGUUUUGUAAAAGUAAACCUUUAAAAAGUAUAUUUAAUAAUGACGCGUUAUUUCCGGUUUUAUAAGUUUGUAAAACCUUUUCUUUUUUUUUUUUUUAAAAAAACUUUUAAUAAAAGAUUUGAUUUUACAGUAUAACUAUUGAUAUAUUUUAUUUAAUUCAAUUAUUAUGGUUUCUCCAG